AGACUCUUCAGCAACCCUCCAAGAGCAGAUACCUCGGCCACAUUUCUUCUCCGGUCACAGAGCAUCAGAAAGCGACCACUUGCACAUGUUCCCCUUCUUCUCUGCGAAGUUGUGAGAACUCGGAAGGAUCGUGAAAAACUUUCUUUCUGACAUUUUUUUUCUUCUUCUUUGACUUAAAAGGAUUCAAGUGUGCCAGUCGAGCUGCGCGCCCUCACAGACUGUCACUGCAGUCUUUUGGGCACAGCUCUUGGAUUUAGAAAAGAAGGAUUUUCUCCCCUUUUUUUUUUUCUUCUUCUUCUUCUUCUUUUUUUUACUGCGAGAAAAGCUAUUCUUUAAUUGUUUCGCAUGAAUCUCCUCGACCCUUACCUGAAGAUGACAGAAGAACAGGAGAAGUGUCACUCUGACGCUCCCAGCCCCAGCAUGUCCGAGGACUCCGCAGGCUCACCGUGCCCGUCCGGGUCCGGUUCGGACACUGAGAACACCCGGCCGUCCGACAACCACCUCCUCUUGGGUCCAGAUUUUAAGAAAGAGGGCGAGGAAGAAAAGUUUCCCGUGUGCAUCCGAGACGCGGUGUCUCAGGUGUUGAAGGGCUACGACUGGACUCUGGUGCCCAUGCCGGUGCGCGUCAACGGCUCCAGUAAAAGUAAACCUCACGUCAAAAGACCCAUGAAUGCGUUCAUGGUCUGGGCUCAAGCCGCGCGGAGGAAGCUGGCCGACCAAUACCCGCAUUUGCACAACGCGGAACUCAGCAAAACCCUGGGCAAACUCUGGAGAUUGCUCAACGAAGCAGAGAAGCGCCCGUUUGUGGAAGAAGCUGAGCGUUUGAGAGUGCAGCACAAAAAGGACCACCCCGACUACAAGUAUCAGCCGAGGCGGAGAAAGUCCGUGAAGAACGGGCAAAACGACCCCGAGGACGGCGAGCAAACCCACAUCUCUCCGAAUGCGAUCUUCAAGGCGCUGCAGCAGGCCGACUCUCCAGCGUCGAGUUUGGGCGAGGUGCAUUCCCCAGUCGAACAUUCAGGUCAGUCCCAGGGCCCGCCAACACCCCCAACCACCCCCAAGACUGAUCUCCCCUCCAGCAAGGUUGACCUGAAGCGCGAGGGUCGCCCCAUACAGGAGGGCACCAGUCGCCAGCUCAACAUCGACUUUGGAGCUGUGGACAUUGGCGAGCUGAGCAGCGAGGUCAUAUCCAACAUGGGCAGCUUUGAUGUCGAUGAGUUUGAUCAGUACCUGCCACCUCACAGCCAUGCUGGAGCGGCCCAGGCUGGCUACCCCAGCAGCUAUGGCAUCAGCAGCUCCUCGGUCAGCCACGCGGCCAAUGCUGGGGCCCACGCCUGGAUGUCCAAGCAGCAGCAGCAGCAGCAACAGCAGCAGCAGCAGCACUCUCUGACCACCCUAGGUGGUGGUGGAGGAGGAGGAGAGCAAGGCCAGCAGGGUCAACAGAGAACCACCCAGAUCAAGACAGAGCAGCUGAGCCCCAGCCACUACAAUGAGCAGCAGGGCUCCCCGCAGCACAUCACCUACGGGUCCUUCAACCUGCAGCACUACAGCACCUCCUCUUACCCCUCAAUCACAAGAGCACAGUAUGACUAUUCAGACCAUCAGGGUGGUGCCAACUCCUACUACAGCCAUGCGGCUGGCCAGGGCUCCGGCCUGUACUCCACCUUCGGCUACAUGAGUCCCAGCCAGAGGCCGAUGUACACCCCGAUCGCCGACACCACCGGGGUGCCCUCUGUGCCGCAGACCCAUAGUCCGCAGCAGUGGGAGCAGCAGCCCAUUUACACACAGCUCUCCAGGCCUUGAGGAGGCGGCCCUCAGCACUGACUGUACAACACCCAUCACUUCCAUAGACUUUCUUUUUCCUGCACGGUGGCCUCAGUUCCGCCGUGACACACCCCCCCCUUUCGUCGCCAAACGUAAAAAAAAAAAACACGACUUGGGACUUUUUUUUUUUUUAUAGUACUGAAAAUAUAUCUUUGGAUUGGCUCACAACAGUGCCUUUUUGUAUUGGUUGGAAUUGUGAUUAUAUUUUUUUUUAGAUUUUAAAGUUUAAAAAAAAAAAAGAAAAGUUAAAUCCUCUGUGAGGACAUACUGGUUAUAAAUAUUUUAGUAUGUACUGUGUAUGUGUUUUUGCUCUUGUCGUCAUCGUCAUCUUCAUACUCCGUGUCAUCAUCACAAUUUGAAGGUUUAAUUAAUCUAAAGUAGCGGGAAUGCCGGGUAAAAAUACCAUCAGUGGCCUUACUUCUUUAAACAUCCGUUUACUGACACUGCCGUCUUAUAUCGCCUACAGCCUACGUUCUGCUUUUGAAUUUUUGUACUGUACAUAUUUUAUUGUAAUUCCCAUGAGAUGCAAGAAUUGAGCAAUGCAAGUUUUGAAAUAGAUUUACAUUUUUGGCCAUCAUAUGACCGUGUCAUCAGUGAACUAGUCAGAUAUUCUACUUCUUGUUCUUUGCUUUAGCUCAAAUGAUUGUGUUGGAAACGCUAUAGCAGGUGCCGUUUAAUUCUACUAGGGGCCUUACUGUGUUGCUCGAUGUAACUGUGCAACGCUUGCUUUUACGUGGGUACUGCCUUGAUACCAUUGGUGCCUCCGGAGCCACAGUGGAGGGGCUCCUUCCACUGGCAUCGCAAUGUUGAAACCACGGCAUAGUUCUGACUUCCUGCUAUGAGGAGAUGCAGGAAGUGACCUUUGACCUGAUUCUCGUCAGCAGCCAGCAGGCCUGAGUCUGGCGUGCUUAUAUCAUUCCUACAGCCUCAUCCUUUUUUUUUGUUUUGUUUUUCUAACCUUUUUUUCUUAAUUUAUUCUUUAGCAUUAAUUUUAUUUGAGAAUAACUAUUUGCAAUUAUCUUUUUUUAAUUCAGCAGCAGCUAACUGAGAUGGAAGGUUUUCAGUGAAGUAGUUUGCUGUUAUAUGUGGUACAAAUUUUGUUUAUUUAUCAUUUGUAAAUGUUUCCAUAUUAAAGUGUUUAUUCAUGAUCUAGUUAUGUACAAAUUACUUAUAAUUACACAAUGAGUCUUUUUCUAAAAACUGGAAGUUUUCUCUUUUUUUUUUUUUUCCUAACAAAUUAAUUAAUGGAUAUGAAAGCUACGGCUGUUUUUUUUAAUUUUUAUUUUUGUAAAGAAUUUGCUGGAAUCAACAGAAUACAUUUUGGGGGGUUUUUUUCUGGAAAAAAAAAAGUUGUGUUCCUCAUUUUAUAUUCUGUAUCAUUAGUUCUCAUCUUGUCAUCUCCUUAAUGCAGUUUCCGUAGGUAAACACGGCAUUGUCUUAAAAGCUUAUCUUUUGUAUUAUAUUGUUUGCAAUAAAAACAAAACACUGAGAAAUA